UCACUGCACACAACAAACUUUUUUUAAAUAAUAUUUUCUGAAAAGAAAGAUCUGAAAAAGCAAAAGCUAAGGAAAAUAAGAGAGAAACAAAAUCUUGGAGCUUUGGUUUUGGCAUCUUUUAUUGCGGUGAUACUCGCAAUUGCAAAGCACGUUUUUGUUUAAGAUUCGUUAAUUACUGUUGACGUUUUUAAAGAAAUGCUUGUUCGCGAAUUCGAUUGAUUUGAUUUCUUUGAUAAGCAUUUAAGUAUGUCGGCUGCUGAAUCUUGAUUUUACAAGUGUAUUUUCCGUUUCGACCUUGAUUUUGGUUUCAAAUGGCGGGAGAGAUUGAAGAGACUUUCAGCAUUAGUUUACAGGCAGAAUCUGUUCAUUGUGGUUCUAUAUCAUUUGGUAGAUUUGCAAAUGAACCCCUAGCUUGGGAAAGGAAAUCCUCUUUCUCACACAAUAGAUAUCUUGAAGAGGUUGAGAAAUGCUCAAAGCCAGGUUCAGUUAUUGAGAAGAAAGCUUAUUUUGAAGCUCACUUCAGGAAGAAGGCACUUCUUCUUCAAAGUUCAUCAUCUGAGGACCAAAAUGGAGGAGAAGAUCAAAACUGUGAGAGUGAUGCUAUGGAGAAUGAGAAUUAUAGACAAUAUCAAACUGGCGAGAAUUAUGCUGCGGAGAACACUUUUUAUGGAAAUGAUUCUGAUAGUACAAGUAAAGGUAGCAGUUACAAUCAUUUUGAUGAAAAUGGAUUAUGUAGUACAGAUCAUGGGGAAGAUCUUUAUUGUGGAAAUGAAGGGAGCUUCUUUGAUCAUGAAAAUGAAGGGAACCAUUUUGAUCAUUCAAAUCAAAGUGGCCUUCGUGCUCAAUUUGACAUGAGUCCGGAAGAUUCAGAAUAUCUUGGUGAGGGUGCAUUGAUUGAAUGUGGAAGCGAAUAUCCAGUAGAUGUUUCGGUCCCGGUCCCUAUAAAUGUUGAACCUGAGGAAACUUGUCAAAUUCAAAUUGGAUACGCUAAAUCAUUUAUAAGCAGUGAUAAUCCAGAGAAUGAAGUAGAAGAAAACCUUGAUGAUGAUGUAGUUAACAUUGAAGAAUCCUUUAAGUCCUCGGAGUGGGAUCAAUGCCCCAAGACUGGAAACACUAGAAAAGUUGAUACUACUAAUUCUAAAAUUCGGCUAAAUCAUUCUCCAAAGUUGAAGCCUGCUCCCAUGAGUCCUGAUCAUUCCCCGAAAAACAGUUUUUCUGAUCCUUCAGAAGUAGCUGCAAGGGUUCAAGAAAGAAAAGAAAAAGAGAUCACAAAGAAAAUAAAAGCAGAGAAACUACCACUACAAACAGUCUUUCCAACUCGACGUUCAAUGCGCAAAUCUCCAAAACAAGAGGACUCUGCAAGGUUCAAUGCAAAAUUAAACACCGGCAAUAAAAGUGUAAAGGAACCAAUAAGAAAGAAAGUAAUUGAAGCUCAACCAUCUUCGUACAAGAAGAUUGAAACUGUUGCUCGUCAGACACCAGACAGGAUUAACCAAUCAGUCAGUUCAACUAGGGGAGACGCGAAGUCAAAUGCCAGAAGAUUCCACUUUAAAAGUGGAGAACGAGCAGAAAGGAGAAAAGAGUUCUAUAUGAAAUUGGAAGAGAAAAUGCAUGCGAAAGAGGCAGAGAUGAACCAGAUUCAAGCAAGAACACAGGAAAAGACAGAAGCUGAGAUUAAACAGUUGCGGAAAAGCCUUAAUUUCAAAGCAAAACCGAUGCCUUCUUUCUAUCAUGUCUCCGCAACAUCAGGAUCUACUAGAAACAAGACUGCAACAUCUACUAUGAAAACAGCAAAAGUACAACAGAAUUCUUCAAAUUGUGGGAUGAGAGCAAUUCCAAGAUCACCGUCACGCUAUAUGGAAACAAAUAAACAAGCACAUUCUGCUGCUGGAUUAGAAUGCGAGUUGAAUUGUCCUACAGUUAAAUCGUCUCAAGCUAGCACUGUAUCAUCGAUUCCACCAAUAGAAAGUCACAUUCCCCCUGAACCUGUGACCCGAAAUCUGAUCCUUUCAAGGAAAGAGCGAGAGAAAGAGAGCAGUAUACAAAAACAUCGCAUAUCAGAAAGCGGUCAGGUUGUUAAUAAGUUUGGUGGUAGCAGGCCAAAAGUAGGUGGCUAUAGAAUUAACAGUGAGCUGGGGACAAAGAAUAUGAAAAAUGCUGGAAUUGCCGGUAAUUCUGGGAUGGGCCGACUUGCAGUUAUCGCUUCCUGAAAUGAGCGGCCAUGGCGUAUUCAUUCAUUCAUUCUCCUUUCCAGUUCAACCAAGCCAACAUAUGUAUCAGGUAUCCUCAAUUCGAAUCAUAUAUUUACUGCCUUCAAUGUACAUUGAAUGAAACCGAUCCUCGAAUGUAGACCGUGUUUGUUUUCAUGCAGCAGUAGAGAAAUGGCCAGGCUUAUAAUAGAUGGUUGACUGUAGAGUAUUCCUUCAUUGUAGUUAUUCUCAUUACUCCGACCGUCGGUCGUUUGCGAGGUUGAGUACUCCUACAUUGCUAAAAAACGAAUAAGUUAGCCAAUUGAGUUUCCAUGACUGGUUUACAUA